ACCAGAAACACGACCCCUUGGAAUGCGUGAUGCCCAACAAAUAGCUCAUCGUAUUAUAUAGCUUCAUAAAGUAAACCCUGUUUAAGACUAGUUACGUUGGUGUAAUUGUAGGUUUUUGACCCAGCAGUGAAGACGGAAUGUUACACUCCUUGUGCUAGUGCUCCUUGUUGUUUGAAGUCAUGUCUUUCCAUCAGGACCGGGGGAGUCCCAGGGGAGGAAUGCCUCCAGGCCAACACGGCUCUCCUCAAAACUACCGACCCACAAACCUGAGGCCGCCACUUCCCCAGCCUCCCGUUCCUCCGUACCACUAUGAUCCUCAGACUCCUCCCAGCUCAAGCUACCAUGGAAACAGCGGCUACAUGUCUCCACACUCUGACUUCAUGCAGUACCCUCCGCCAGCGCCGUCCCAGACUCCCAGUUCUCUUAACCAGUGCCCAGUGCGCCCACCCUUCCCCAAGCCCCCUGUUCGUCAGGGCUUCCCUGAACCCCCACCUAACUUUCCACCUCCUCCCCUUCCCAGCUCCACAGGUGGUCCCACAUCGGGGUCCCAGGUGUCUGCUCAGAAUCCUUACCACCCUUACAUGAUGCCUCCUGUGCCCCCACCACCAUUACCACACCCACCCAUGCCACCCCCCAUACCUUCUCAGUCAAUGAGCUACCACCCUCCAUACUCCAUGAACUACCCCCACCCUCCCCACCCUCCUUUCCCUCCUCCUACCUUCAACCCUGGCUACACUCAGAGCCCCAGCUCAUUCAAACCAAACCACAGCUUCAGGCAAGGGGGGCAGUACAAGUAUGAGAAGCCCAUGGACAACAGGAGAUCUCCAGAAAGAGGAUAUCGCCACGAUGACCACAGGCAGAAGGGCUAUGGCUACGGUGGCCAUGGCGAUAGGCAUAAAAUAGAAUUUCCUGGAGAGAGGAAGGACCACGGGAGGAGUCCAGACCGGCGCGGCAGGCCCGAGGGUGGACGGUACAGGUCUGACUACGACAGAGGCCGGACGUCCCCCAGACACAGAAGCAGGGAUCGCAGCAGGGAGAGGUAUCGUCACAGAGAGAGCCGGAGAUCCCAGUCGCCCGACAGGCACAGAAAGAGGCCUCGAAGUCGGUCCACGAGCAGAGACAGAAAACGUGGUCGCUGGGAAGAGGAGCGGGACAGAAGGUCGGAGAGCUCCUCGGGCCUGAGCAGAGAGCGCAGCUACUCCUCCUCCAUCAGGAGCAGGGAGUCCGAAGAGGCCUUCGCCGACAGAGAGCGAGAGAGGGAACGGGAACGGGACAGGGAAAAGGAGAAGGAGAAGGAGAAAGAGAAGGCGGACGAUGAGAAAGAGGAAGAAGAACUGCUGAAACCUGCCUGGAUCCGCUGUACGCACGCUGAGAACCACUACUCUAAUGACCCCAUGGACCAAGUGGGAGACUCCACUGUGGUGGGGACCAGUAAACUGCGGGACCUGUAUGAGCGCUUUGAGGAAGAGCUGGGGAAGAGACAGGAGAGAGCUAAGGCUGCUAGACCGAAAUGGGACCCACCCAAGACGAAACUGGACGAGGAUCCAGACGACAGCAGUAGUGAGUCAGACUGUGAGUCAGAUGGGGAAGAAAGCACCUGCUCCAGCAGCUCUGACUCAGAGGUUUUUGAUGUCAUCGCUGAGAUCAAGAGAAAGAAAGCGCACCCCGACCGCCUGCACGAGGAGCUGUGGUACAACGACCCCGGGCAGAUGAAUGAUGGUCCCCUGUGUAAGUGCAGUGCCAAGGCCAGACGUACAGGGAUCCGCCACAGCAUCUACCCGGGGGAGGAGCCGGUGAAAGAAUGUCGUCCGAUGAACAACAAUGCAGGAAAACUGUUUCACUACAGGAUCACUGUCUCUCCUCCCACCAACUUCCUGACUGACAGGCCGACGGUGAUCGAGUACGAUGACCAUGAGUACCUGUUUGAAGGCUUCUCGCUUUUCUCCCACACACCUCUCACUAACAUUCCAUUGUGCCGUGUGAUCCGCUUCAACAUAGAUUACACCAUUCACUUCAUAGAAGAGAUGACACCGGAGAACUACUGUGUCCGGGGCCUGGAGCUGUUUGCCUCCUACUUGUUCAAGGACAUACUGGAGCUCUAUGACUGGAACCUGACAGGUCCUGAGUUUGAGGCCUCUGGAUGUCAGCGGUUCCAUUUCAUGCCCCGUUUCGUGCGAUUCUUACCUGAUGGCGGGAAGGAGGUGCUGUCCAUGCAUCAGGUGCUGCUCUACCUGCUGCGCAGCAGCAAGCCCUUGGUCCCCGAGGAGGAGAUUGCAGACAUGCUGCAGUGGGAGGAGCUGGAGUGGCAGAAAUACGCGGAGGAGUGCAAGGGCAUGAUCGUCACCAACCCAGGCAUGAAACCCAGCUCUGUGCGGAUCGACCAACUGGACAGGGAGCAGUUCAACCCAGACGUCAUCACCUUCCCCAUCAUCGUUCAUUUCGGGAUUCGGCCUGCUCAGCUCAGCUACGCCGGAGACCCUCAGUACCAGAAGCUGUGGAAGAGCUAUGUGAAACUACGCCACCUGCUGGCGAACAGCCCCAAGGUCAAGCAGAUUGACAAGCAGAAGCUGACACAGAGAGAGGAAGCUCUUCAGAAGAUCCGUCAGAAGAACACAAUGCGCCGUGAGGUGACAGUGGAGCUCAGCAGUCAAGGCUUCUGGAAGACUGGCAUCCGCUCCGACGUCUGUCAGCACGCCAUGAUGCUGCCUGUUCUCACCCACCAUAUCCGGUACCACCAGUGUCUGAUGCACCUGGAUAAGCUCAUUGGCUACGUCUUCAAGGAGCGCUGCCUCCUUCAGCUGGCCAUGACUCAUCCCAGUCAUCACCUCAACUUCGGUAUGAAUCCUGACCAUGCCCGCAACUCCCUCUCCAACUGUGGCAUCCGCCAGCCUAAAUACGGAGACAGGAAGGUCCACCACAUGUACAUGAGGAAGAAAGGAAUCAACACGUUGAUUAACAUCAUGUCUCGUUUGGGGCAGGAUGACCCCUCCCCCUCCAGGAUCAAUCACAACGAGAGACUGGAGUUCCUGGGUGAUGCCGUUGUCGAGUUCCUCACCAGUGUCCACUUGUACUACCUUUUCCCAAGUUUAGAGGAGGGUGGCCUGGCCACCUACAGAACAGCCAUCGUACAGAACCAGCACUUAGCCAUGCUAGCCAAGAAACUGGAGUUAGAUCGCUUCAUGCUCUACGCUCACGGGCCAGAUCUGUGCCGGGAGUCGGACCUGCGACACGCCAUGGCCAACUGCUUCGAGGCUCUUAUCGUGACCAUUGAACCUGGGCUUUGUUGGAAAUGGCAGAUAAUCUCCUGCUUUGCAUGGGCAAAGCUUUUCCCUCCAUGGAGCCGAGAAUGUGUCUAUCUCCUAACCCUGAGGCAGGGCCAUUCUCUUGCUCGAGACAGAGAGAAAAAGAAAGGGAGAGAGCCGGUAGAGAGAGGAAGAAUGGAGGGAGAGCGGUAGAGGAAUGGAAAGCAAAGGCAUCUGCAAUGCAAAUGGGUGCCCUGCAACCCUGAAUAAUUCAAAGUGUUGAAUGGAAAUCUUGCUUUUCUGAUCCCCUGUCAUUAACUUCUGCCGGAGUGGGCCAUUCUCAUUUGGGCUCUUUUGGCCUGCGCACCUCCCAUUCUGUAGCGCCCCCUCCCCCCUUCUCUCUCUCACCCUCUCCCUCUGUACUUUUGCUCUUGCCCACUUUACCUCUUCGUCUUUAGAAACCACUUUCUCCCUCCGCUUAUUCAUAGAAACUCUGCAUGCCUGUUGCCCUCCCGUUUCCCUCUCAGGUCCUCUUCACUGAUAAGCCACGUCGCUUCCUUCCUACCAAACUGUUUGAAAAGAAUUGAGAGAAGAAGAAAAGAGGCCCCACUCUGUUUUUAUGGCCCUAAUUUCCUUGUACAGUUGAUCUGUGGAUUAUACGCUGCCAGCAGCCAUGGGGGAUACAGAUGGUGAACCUUUGUGAGGGCCCCUCUCUAAGCUCUUCCUAUUAAAAGAACGGAGAGAAAGGAUUAUCUCUCACUUGCUGAAUAUCAGAUUCAUACACAAUGCAGCCGGUGUGUUCAUUGAGCGAGUGCUGCUCCCUUUGUUAAUUGCCGCAAUGGUAGCAGUGGUGGAGUUGGUUUCUUGCAUGCCCUCUUUUUUUUUUUUGUUUCUCCGUCUAACUCCUCCCGCUCCAAACCUCAUUUUUUGAAAAGUAAGAUGUUUGAUGUUACAAUGCAUUCAGCCUGCCUUUGUCGCCACCGUGGUGAAAUUUCUAUUUUCAUGUUUUCGUUUCGUUUAUUUUAUUUUAUUUUUUUUAGCCUUUAAUGUGUUGCUUUCUGUGUCCGUCUGCUGCUUCAGCCCCCAUUGAGCCGAGAGGGAGCGGCUUAAUAUAUUAUUUGAUGGAUUAGAGCCUGAGCGUUUUUGAAUAAUUCAUUCUAGGUUAUUAAUGUGACUGUCAGCCGCUGGUGUUUCAUAUGCCCCUGACUCUGGGUUUUUAUUGGUCACUGAAAGCCCACAGACAUUGGAAUUCCAUUCCUAAACAUAACACUGUACAGUCGGCACGGCUGUCUGCAUUAGACUCAUGACAGAUGUGGAGAUUCAUUAGUGGCUGGCCUUCUCUGGCCAUGACUGAUAUCCUCUACACAGCAGUGGCUGAAAACUUGGUUAAAGUUUGUAAACUGUGUUCUCUCUGACCUGUAUUACAUUUGCAGUAUAGGGUUGGGCUCCGUGAGGUUCUGGUUCUAUGGUUUGGUCCAGUUUAAAGUUAGGAAAAUACCCAGAUUCAUAAAACUCAGUGUGUAACAAAUUUCCAAGGUGAAGGCUGCAAAGAGCAGCAUGAAAGUGACCAUUCAUUGAAACAGCAUUGCAUAGUGUAGCAUUACAAAAAGGUAAUGCAUGUUGAAAGAGCUGGAAUAUAAGUGCACUGAACUUUGAGUUCUUAAAGG